ACAGUGGUAUGAAGAAAGGAAUUAUAAAACUAGUGGGGCAUCAUGAAAGCUUGCUUCAUAAGGACCAUCUUCAACAUUCUCUUCAUCUUCUUCCCUUUCCAUCGAUCUCUCUUUUCUCCUCAGAAAGCUUUCACAGAAUCAUCAUAAUCAUCUUUUUCAUAUCUUCCCAAGACGUUGAUGUCUCGCCUAAGACUGACAAUGAAGCUUCAACCAGCAAAGAAGGCAUGGAGGAGCUUCUCCAACAGAGUCCAAUCCAAAGUCAAUGAGCUCAACAUUCGCAGAGUCAUCAGAACCACAAUUCAACGCCUGGUUUCCACCUUCCAUUCUCUGCGUCACUUCAUCUCCACCAAAACUUAUCGUCGUCGUCAUCGUUCUCUUCCCACUAGACCCUAUUCUUAUUAUAACUGCUCCUCUUCUCAACACCAUGUUCAGCGCAAGAACUUCAGCGUCAUACGUAUAGAUGACCUUUUUGCAGAGCCCUCUUCUUCGUCGUUGUCUUCUUCUUUCUCUGCUUCUGGGUAUGCGGCUAAAGGGGAAAUGAGAAGCAGAGGCAAAGCGGAAAUGGGAAAUAAGGAUUUGGGUAGAAAAGGGGAGAGCAGCAAUGUGUUAGAUACUAUAGAUGAUGCAUGGAAGGUUGUGGUGGCUAAGUCACCAAAUUUGCAGGUGGAUGAGAAAGCAGAAGUGUUCAUCAAGAAGUUUCACCAAGACAUUAAGCUUCAGAAAGAGAGGUCUUUGCUUGAAUUCCAAGAGAGGCUGGCUCGCAGUACCUGAACAGAUUAAUUAUCGGACAAAAUUUAGGGGGUUUGGUUUUGGUUUUCUUUAAUUUGGGUUCAAUCUCUGAAAGAAAAAGUAACCAUACAAAAACAAGGCUUUUGGAAAGAAGUGUGAAGAUUAUGUGUAGGCUUUUGUGAGAUCUUUCUUUCUUUUUCCAUUUUUGGGCCUUUUUCCAUUCGUUGUUAUUCUUUGUUGGCAUACAGGAGAGAGAAUUGUGCUGUGGUUUUCAUUAUCUUAACCUGAUAAAUAAAUUGUGUAUACAAUGAAGGUGUAAGUGUAUUGUUUGUGAUCUCCUAGCAGUACCGUUUUGGUGUAUUUUGAGUUGCAAGUGUGAAGAUUAAGUGUAUCGUUUGAGUUUUGGUUUUCUUCAAUUUGGGUUCAGUCUCUGAAAGAAAAAGCAACCAUAUAAAUACAAGGCUUUUGGAAAGAAGUGUGAAGAUUAUGUGUAGGAAAAUUACUAGGCUUUUGUGAGAUCUUUAUUUCUUUUUCAUUUUUGGGCCUUUUCCCAUUUGUUGUUAUUCGUUGUUGGCAUACAGCAGAGAGAAUUAUGCUGUGGUUUUCAAUGUCUUAAUCUGAUAAAUAAAUUGUGUAUACAAUGAAGUUGUAAGUGUAUUGUUUGUGUUCUCCUA